AUGUCAGAUGUCUUGGUUGAGAAUUAUAUUCCAGGGGCGUUGAAAAAGUAUCAGUUAGACUAUGAAUCCUUGAAGAAGAUCAACCCCAGAUUAAUCUACGCAUCAAUAACGGGGUACGGGCAAACAGGACCAUACUCGAACCGAGCAGGGUACGACGUGAUGGUGGAAGCGGAAAUGGGACUGAUGCACAUCACAGGGGAGCGGGAUAGAUCACCAGUGAAAGUCGGGGUUGCAGUGACAGACCUAACGACAGGACUGUACACCUGCAACGCUAUCAUGGCGAGCCUGCUCGCACGGCAGAGAACAGGGACGGGCCAACACGUAGACGUGGCACUGGCGGACUGCCAGGUAGCGACACUAGCCAACAUUGCAAGCAGCGUGCUGAUUAGUGGGGAGCGCGACGGCGGGCGAUGGGGCACGGCACACCCAUCCAUUGUCCCUUACAAGGGCUUCGUGACGGCCGACGGCGACAUCAUGCUGGGCGGCGGCAACGACCGGCUCUUCGGUGUGAUCUGCGACAAGCUGGGGAAGCCUGAGUGGAAAGGAGACCCGCGCUUUGUUACCAACGACGCCCGCGUCCAGAACCGCGCCGUUCUCGAGGACAUGAUUGAGGCGAUUACCAGGACGAAAACUACAUCCCAGUGGCUCGAGAUCCUCGAGGGCUCAGGAAUGCCGUACGCGGCCAUCAAUGAUGUGAAGGAUACCCUGGAUCAUGAGCAUGUGCGCGCUCGCGGGAUGGUGUCCCAGAUUGAGCAUCCGUCUUGUGGGCCGAUGAGUCUUGUCAGCCCGCCGGUCAAGUACAGUGAGAGCCAGACGGGGAUCAGGUCCCCGCCGCCUACACUCGGCCAGCAUACGGACACUGUGCUUACGGAAGUCCUUGGGUGGACGGGUGAGGAGGUACAGAGACUGAAGGACCAGGGUGUCAUUGCUUGA